GUAAAGGGUGAUUUUUUAAGAGCUUGAUAACUUUUUAAAAAAAAAAACGCAUAAAAUUUGCAAAAUCUCAUCGGUUCUUUAUUUGAAACGUUAGAUUGGUUCAUGACAUUUACUUUUUGAAGAUAAUUUCAUUUAAAUGUUGACCGCGGCUGCGUCUUAGGUGGUCCAUUCGGAAAGUCCAAUUUUGGGCAACUUUUUCGAGCAUUUCGGCCGGAAUAGCCCGAAUUUCUUCGGAAAUGUUGUCUUCCAAAGCUGGAAUAGUUGCUGGCUUAUUUCUGUAGACUUUAGACUUGACGUAGCCCCACAAAAAAUAGUCUAAAGGCGUUAAAUCGCAUGAUCUUGGUGGCCAACUUACGGGUCCAUUUCUUGAGAUGAAUUGUUGUCCGAAGUUUUCCCUCAAAAUGGCCAUAGAAUCGCGAGCUGUGUGGCAUGUAGCGCCAUCUUGUUGAAACCACAUGUCAACCAAGUUCAGUUCUUCCAUUUUUGGCAACAAAAAGUUUGUUAGCAUCGAACGAUAGCGAUCGCCAUUCACCGUAACGUUGCGUCCAACAGCAUCUUUGAAAAAAUACGGUCCAAUGAUUCCACCAGCGUACAAACCACACCAAACAGUGCAUUUUUCGGGAUGCAUGGGCAGUUCUUGAACGGCUUCUGGUUGCUCUUCACCCCAAAUGCGGCAAUUUUGCUUAUUUACGUAGCCAUUCAACCAGAAAUGAGCCUCAUCGCUGAACAAAAUUUGUCGAUAAAAAAGCGCGAAACACAUUUCGAACCGAACACUGAUUUUGGUAAUAAAAUUCAAUGAUUUGCAAGCGUUGCUCGUUAGUAAGUCUAUUCAUGAUGAAAUGUCAAAGCAUACUGAGCAUCUUUCUCUUUGACACCAUGUCUGAAAUCCCACGUGAUCUGUCAAAUACUAAUGCAUGAAAAUCCUAACCUCAAAAAAAUCACCCGUUAUAUAUACAACUUGUCAUGUAUUUUUAAUAAGUCUGGAAAAAAAUUAAAAUGAUACAAUAUAUGUAAUUUGGACUACAAAACCAAAAAUACCUUUUCUUUUAAGAUAAAGCACCAAUGAAUAGUAAAAAAGUUCGUACAAUCUAUCUAAAAAUUUGCCCAUUUUUCUUCGAAAAUGAAUAAAGAACCGAAUCCAUAUAUCAAUAGAUACCCCACAGGUCGUAGUGAAACUUUUCCUGACAAUGAUAAGAUCUGGUGUUAAAAAUUAAUAAUAAUACUUCAGUAUUUCUUCAGGCCCCCAUACAGGGCUUGUCCUGAAAGAAAUACGUUUGAUUCUUUUCCGCCGCGACUGUACUUCGGAGUGUGCGCGCACCGACUGGAUUCGAAAGAGGGCGUUCGUAGCUAAGGAACGAGCACCUGGAGAGUUAGGACAAACAUUUUUGCAGAGGUACGCGAUUAAGUUUUGUGUGAAACUCGGUAAAUCUGCGACAGAGACGUUUGAUAUGAUCAAGCAGGCUUACCCAGAUGUUGCUUUAGGAAGAUGUGAUAUGUUUCGGUGGCACCAGGCCUUUUUGGAGAGCCAGAAAGAGGUCGCUGAUGAAGACCUGCGACUUCGACAAACACCGAUGUGAAUGUGACUCGUGGCGUAAAGUUUUGAACUCAGACCAUCGACUAAGUUUUCUUUUAAUUUCCCAGAUGUUAAAUUUAUCAAAAAGGUUCAUUCGGGUCCGACAAGACAUCGCAGCCGGUUGGAAGUUGUACCACGACAACGGUCGAAUAUCGUUGCAAAAGUGAACCGAAGCCGAAAAACCACGUCAAAGCAGAUCAAAAAUCAAAGUUAUGUUGACACUUUUCUUCAAUUUUCGAGAAGUGGGCACCCCGAAUUCUUUCCGAACGAUCAUUCCCAAAUCUUGCUCUAUCUUUCAUAUACCUAAUUUCAAGAUCUUCGCCCCUAUUGUUCUAUUAGAGAACUUUUUACUGUUGUGUAAAAUUUCGAAACUUUACAACUUGUCAUUAAUAGAUACUUUUGAAGACUUGACAUUCUGUCUUAAAUAUGUAACUAGUAAAAAAAAAUUUGUUCGCAAAUACAUAUAUUUUUGAAUAAUAUAAUAAUCGUAAUAUAGUAUCGUCUUAUUUAAUUAAAGAAGUAAACAUUUCAUAAUAAAUACACCGAAAUGGAGGAGGCGAAAGCAGAAGUUAAGACGGAUUUUUUUAAUCCCAUACGUAUGAAUACAUUAGGUAUACCACAGGAACACGAUCUCUUGAUAGCAUAUGACGUCUAUCGACCAUCAUUGGAGACGCGCGCCCUGAAAUCUGAACAAGGCCGCACCAUGUACGCUGAAAUAUUCAUUGAGAACCCUAAAUUGGGUCCACUAAGGGAUCUAUGUACAAGCACCUUAUCGAAAGCGUAUACGCCGAAGCAACUGCCAUUAUUGGCUGAGGAUCCGUUAAAAUUACGUUUAUACUAUGACUCGCUACGUUUGGAUCUGCCACUGGAGGAAUGCUAUGACAUUACCGACGAUAAGUAUUGGCGUCGUUUUGUAUUGUCCAAAAAUGAGAAUAUUACAUUGACGUUCAAAAAACAAUACAACUGGCGUAGUCUUGGAUUAUCUAUGAAGUUUGUGGAAUUGGUGGAAGCAUGUCCGGCUGAGUAUUGGCCUUUAGAUGAAAUGCAACCAAUAGCUGAGAAAAUAAAGGAUUAUGUCGAAGAAAUGCAUAUACGUAAAUUACAAUCGAUGUCGGAAAGAUUUUUCAAAGAGCACAUACAUUUAGAUGACUCUGAAGAGUCAGAAAGUGAUUCUACGGAUGUGGAAUCAAUGACCGUGACACCACGUUCAACCGUGCUAACGUUGGGGGAAGAGUUAGGAUCCGAGGAGGAGGAAGUGAAAUCGACACGUGGCAAAAGUAAACAACUUUUAGCUGCUAGAGAAACGAGCACACUCGAAGAGAUGUCAGAGGUAUACAAAACGGAAGAAGAACUGGAAUGGGAACGUAUGUAUGAGGAAAUCAUGGCAGAACGUAAAGAACGAACGCGCGUAUUGAGAGAAGCGCAACAGAAGCGCCGCGCAGAGCGACAGGAACGACAACGCGUGCGAGAAUUGCAAAGGGCAGCAACACCACUGCCCGCUGAAGAGCCUGUGGUUGGCAAAAAGAAGAAGAGAAAAUUCAGAGCCAAGGGAGUAUUCGAUAUGGUGGUCGAACCACCCGAGGAGGACGAAGAGUAUUUGGUGGUUGAUCGACGAAAUUUGGAACGUCAGUUGAAAACUGUAAAGAAGCUCGUUUAUCCAACCAGACUAUGUCAUCAUGUGAGCUUGCGUUUUCUGCGAUUUUUCGACAACUUAGUCAAUUUCACCAUAGAGUUUCGCGGUCCAGAUAUGAAGCGCGAUUUUCACGAAAGACACCUGAAGUUCUCCUACGCCGAUAUAGAGGGUUUGGCUUAUGGCAUCUCGUUUCUGCAAAAAUUAAAAAUAUUCCGUCUGCGUUGCAGUUACAUGGAUGCCCGAAAAUUAUAUAUACUCGCAAAGUCACUGAAAUGCUUGCAAAGUAUAGAGACUAUUGAUUUCGGUUACGAUUGCUUGGAGGACGAUUGUGGUUUGGGUUUGUUUGAGUUGUUCCGCCAUACGAAUUCAAUAAAAUCGCUCGAACUUGAGCACAAUCUGAUUGGUGCGCAUGCUUUACACUUUUUGGCGAUCGGCCUUAGUCAGUAUGGUGGCCAAUUGGAAUAUCUCGGACUCGGCGGCAAUCCGCUAGGUGAUCGGGGUCUGCAUGAGCUCAGCACAAAGGUUUGCGCCACGCAAAAUAUUACACAUUUAAAUGUGCGAACCGCACAAAUGUCGCAAUCGGCAAUCAUUUGCUGCAUUGCCAAUGAAUUCUUGAAGCAUUUGCCCCUCCGCUCAUUGGAUCUACGCGCAGUGCCCAUUAGUCAACAAGCUGGUAUAGAAAUCUUGAAGGUUUUGCAAUUUAAUACUACUAUAAUGCAUUUGGAUGCACGUGACUGCCAAUUGGAUGCGGAUCUUGAAAUAGAUAUAGAUAUUAUUUUGAAACGAAAUCAGUAUAUUGCCGAGAAUCCGUAUUUAAAUGACUAUACAAAGACCACGGAAGAGAUCAAUGAAUAUGUGAACCGCAUUAAAAACCCGAUUUUACUACGCGCCAUUGAUGCUGUGGAGAAACGCGCUGAAUGCUUGAAGAACCGUCCACCAGAAUUCCCACCAGAUGCCGAAGAAAACGAUGAGGAACAAUCGGAGAGUACAACACAACGAAAUAUCGAAUCAAUAUCUAGAUCGAUUUCUAAUGUAGAACCAGUUUUGUUGACACCAUCAUCGUCUGCAGUUGAUGAUUUACAAAAUACGCCCUUCGUUUAUGAUCCGAAUAGUUUUACCGAAGAAGAGUUCCUGGCGCAUGUAUAUCUACCUGGUCCGGGGGAACGUUAUUACUUCUUUACGGAGUUCCAAAAGUUGCGCUUGAGUCAAUUGACAUAAGCAACUUUAAUGCUUGACGACGAAAGGCAAAAGGCGAACCGAGUGUUUAAUCGAGAAAAUGAGCAAUAAAUAAACAACGGUAAGAAAACAUGAAAAGAGCAGUUGAACGUCAAUGGAAGAAAAGAAAAUAUUCAAA